GGCUGUUUGCUUUGGGGCUGUUGCCCGCAGCGAGGGGAAGGCUGCAAUUACGUUAAUCCCUUAACCCCUGAUUGCCUCCUCCUUCCCCAUUAGGUGGGCAAACAGUUUUAGCAGCAGGGUUCAUGAUAGGCUCUGGGCUACAAAUACCCCGUGUGCCCCCGGCCCGGGCACCCAGCGCCACCGCCAGCACCAUGCCGAUGUCCCCGGCCAUCCUCAUCCUCAUCGCCUCGCUCCUGCCCGCGGCCUCCGGGUACCUCUGGGCCUGGAUGUACUCGCUGCCCCAUCAGCCCCCCGAGGAAGCCGCGCUGGGGAGGAGCGCCAGCCCCGGGGACAAGGCCGAGGAGGCAUCAACCUGCGGCCCGGCCACCCCCUGCACCCACGGGCACUUCUGCGACGAGCACUUCGGGUUGUGCCUGCCCGAGCGGCCCGAGGGGCAGUACUGCCGCCGAGACUCGCACUGCGCCCGCGGCCUCCUCUGCAUGUUCGGGAAGUGCCAACAGCCCGUGCCCGACGGGCAGGAGGGAGCUCGGUGCGUGCGGGACGAGGAGUGCGGAGCCGACGGGUGCUGUGCGCGGGUGCACGGCGAGAGCGUUUGCCAGCGGCGGCUGGAGCGGGGCCGGAGCUGCCACGUCCCCCCCGGGGGUCUCGCCUUCAGCAUCAACCAACUCUGCCCCUGCCAGCGAGGGCUCGUGUGCAGGGCGAGCGCGCCCGUCCGAGAGAAGGCGUUCGAGUACCGGCCGGAGAAGAGCGAGUGGCGGUGCCGGCAGCCCUGAGCCGGCGGCUCCCUAUUUAUUGCCUGUAAAUAGCCCGCCCGGAGCCGGCCGAGCCAUCGCCCAUCAC